AUGGACUCAGGCGAUACGCAGUAUGUCUUUAAAGAGACAAGAGUAAACCUCGACCCUCCGACGGCUGCUUCUGUCGUUACGAUCCGAGUACCGUCGAAUUCGAUCCACGGCCGAAACCAUCGCAAAGCGGCAGGAGAAGGCAGUUCGGAGGACGAGACAACAUUUCGAGUGAAAAACUUGGCGACUUCUUCAUCUAUCUAUCAUCGAAUCUGGCACGAUACACCCCGUAGCUUCCUCUGGCGAGUUCUUGAGGAUGGUACACUACUCAGCAUUCGGGCUGUCGACGUCUGCAAGAAAACACAAGCCGCCGACUUUCCUCUUCACUUGAACUUCCACUUUUCGGUGCCAAUCCAGCCAGGAUGUGUGGCUUUCUCGGAUCACGAAGAGCACGACUCGCUAUGUGUUUUUGUUCUCGAUCAGGCAUACCAAUUGUACAGCUUCACUCUUCGACCGGAUUUCUUCAGAAAGAGAUCGGCUGUCGAUGCCGGCCUCGCUGAUUUGGGCAAGGUCCAGGCGCCAGCAGGAUUGGGCUUCAAGCAUCCACACCGUAUGAUUGCUGUGAAUGCGGAAAGCCUGCUGGUGACAGUUAAUGAUGGAGGAAUGAUCAGAUUGGAUAAAAACAAGGCGAAUGACGUAACAUCCUCAAACGUUUGGAGAGAAUCGUUCUUCAAUGUGCAGGGAUGGGCACAGAACCUUCGAAGUCUUCUUCCCUUCCAAGGGAAGCACACGAUUAAGCACGGCAAGAUCAACAUGGAAUAUAGCUCAGCCACCUCGAUCCAGGUCACCAGUUUCGGUUUAGAGGACAGCCUAUUUGCGAUCACCGUCUGCCUCGAUCACCGAAUGCGAAUUUGGAACAUCGACGAUGGUCAGAUUCUCUACACAAGCGAUAUCCUGAACGCCGAGAGGAAUCCUCAAGAGAUUGGCAAGUGGGCUAUUGAUCCAACACAGACAAAUUUGGUCCAGAUCGUGGGUAGGAACCGCGGUAGUAGAAUUUGCGCGACGUACUCACCUAUCGGCGCUGGAGAGUUCAAGUUUUGGAAGAUCACAGCAAAGAAUGCGAACAGUAUUGUUGUUGAAGACAUCUUCCCGAAGAACUCGUUGGUUCCAGCCACACCAUCUUCUUCUGACGUAUGGACUCUCGCCGACUUCGUCCUAUCGUGUCCUGCCGAGAGCGCUAUUCAAAUCUGGACCCUUUGGAAGAACAACAUGACAUACAGGGUGCAACGGCUCGAAGUGGAUCGUAAGAACAUCUUACAGAGCUGGAGCGAGAAUUGGGAUGGCGUUUACGCAGACAACUUGAUCCAGGCUGCUGAUGGGUCUGGUCCUUCCGAUCCAACUGAUGUCACCGAGAAGUGGCUUCAACUCAUUUUGAAGCCCGGUCAAUUUACUAAAUCGACCCUCGAGGCAGCACUGUCGAUCUAUGAGCGAGGCUUUGGAAAAUCAAAGGAGACUGGUAAGGGCAGGGGGCUGGCUGAGGCGAUUUGCUCCAUAUUGGGAUCAACUGCAACACUGGAUCGGGGCUCUUCGGGCAUGAUGGAGUAUGAAACCUUCCGCGCGGCGAGUGAGGCCCAGUGGUUGAGGUUCUACCGUCUACUGCUUGAAUUGGAUAAGCAACGAGGAGAAGCACUCGGAUUGACCCUCGAUCCUAACACAGGUCUGACCUGGGUUGUCUGCGCCGAUUUCCUAUCGGCCAUCAGGGAAUGCAGCAGCCUAGAGCGUCUGUACCAUAACCUACCCUCACCUGAGGAAGAUCAGCUGGCUCAAGCGGCCUUGAUCGGAUCGGGUCUUAACUUUGUGGACGGUUUCCCUGAAUACUUGAUCCAAUCUUGCCAGGCUACGCUGCGACCCGAGCUAUUUGAGGACUCGUCCAAGACAGAUCUCGAACGUAUUCAGUACUUCUCCGACAAGUCUGGGUUCUGGCGAGGGAUCACAGAUGAUGACUGCAAUCAAGUUGUUGACGUUCUUGGUCACAACUUCAGCACGGUGACAGAUGACCUGUACACAGAUGUGAUGAAUCUCAUUUCUGCUCCUGAAGAGGCCAAGACACGUAACCUGCGUCACCCUCUCACUGACUUUGGAAAGAAGUUGGUCGUAAAGGCGGUUCAAGACAGUAUUGAGUUACAGUGGAGGAUUUACUUCAGCCAGUUGAUCCUUCUUGUUCACAUGGAAUUCGAAUUCGACAACGACGCGGACAUCCUUCACAAUCGAGUCGACGUUGGCAACGUUUUUAGACAGCUUAUCGCGGCUCUGCGACGCUUGGAGCUGUUGAAAUGGCUCGCCUCGACCGAGCUCGCAGUGCCCAACAACCGAGACAAGAGCGAAAACGGCGCUGUUUUAAGGAGGACCACCGAGGAAUCUCAAUACGUGACCGCACUGGAGGCGAAUGUCGGUCACCUACUUGGUUUCGCCAGCAAGGGUGAACCUCUUGCUACUGGUAUCACUGACCUGGUCACCAACCUGUGUGCCCCCGACAGCGAUAUUGAGGUUUCCCCAGCACUGAUUCAGUGCUUCCUCAUAAAGCGAGAGAGGUCUGAUUUGGCUCUGGACAUCGCGCCUUUCUGUGAUCAGAACCCCUUCUCAACAUACGUUCAAGGUCGUCUGCAGCUGGCCUUGAAGGACUUUAAUACUGCAGCUAUUUAUUUCAGAAAGGCAGCCAUUGGCAUGAGCACGGAAAACAUUGAAAGUGAUCGUCACAGCAGUGGCCUACUGGAUGAUACUGAGUGGAACCUCCUCAACCACGGCCCUGCAAAGUACUACUCACAUAUUGUCGCCUUGUUUGAGAAGCAAAAGGCUUACUCUUACGUGAUUGAAUUUGCCCGACUAGCUAUGCAAUUCCUUGGAAACAAGCAAGAUGCUAUGUUUACUAAGACAGACAUGCAAAGCCGUUUGUUCAAUGCUGCAGUCGCGACGUCACAGUUCGAGCUUGCUCACACAACGUUGGUGUCAAUCAAGGACCAGGCAAUGAAGAUUUCAAACCUGCGCAAACUGGUGGACAGGAUGUGUGCGACUUAUCACAAUAUCGAGCUCGUCUCUUUGCCAUUUCCUGGUCUGCAGCAGGAGGUUGAUGAUAUCUUGACGCAAAAAUCAAAGGCUACACUGGAUGUUAUAGAAGGAUUCCCCUACCACCAGGUGCUGUACUCAUGGCGAAUUAAGCACAACAACUACCGCGGUGCUGCAUCAGUCGUUCUGGACCGAAUUCACAAGCUACGAAGUUCUGGAGAAGGCGACGAGGCCACAGGAGAGGACAUCUUGGACACGCCCGUGACCAGGCAAUACCUCCUGCUCAUCAACGCUCUCAGCUGUGUCGAUUCCAAACAGGCUUGGAUCUAUGAUGAAGCCCCAGCUGGCUAUGGACAGAAAGAUGCAGUGAAGCGCAAGGUGGUUUCAUUGGCGGAUAUCAGGAAGCAGUAUCAAGAUGAGCUGGACCGAAUCGCAGCAAUUCACAACAACCAGUUUGGCUUCGAGGCGGACGACGUUAUGGAAAUUUCAUGA